AUUUUUGUUAUGAACAAAAGAUCUUCCAUUUUAAACAAAUUUGAAAACAAAACGAAAACAGUUUCGUGUAAAUUAUUUCAUUUUGCAUUAAUUAAUUUUCUUUUCAAUUUUUCUUGUGGAAAAAUUUUUGCAUGUAAUUCAUCGGUUUAACGAGAAAAGCUAUUGAAUGCUUAUUGAUUCGUAUUUCAAUUAUAUUAUCGAGUUUUUGACACAGUGCAGCAUGAAGCGUCAAAAUGUUAGGACGCUAUCAUUGGUGGUCUGCACAUUUACGUAUCUUCUGAUUGGUGCUGCAGUUUUUGAUAGUUUAGAAUCUGAAUUUGAAGCGAAACGUUAUGAUUUUUUGCAAACAUUAAAAAAAAAUUUUAUUAAAAAAUAUAAUGUUUCGAGUGAAGAUUUUCGUAUGAUGGAAAUUGUUAUAAUUGAAAAUAAGCCACACAAAGCCGGUCCACAAUGGAAAUUUGCAGGUGCAUUUUAUUUUGCCACCGUCGUAUUAGCGAUGAUCGGUUACGGUCAUUCGACACCGGUUACUAUUGGCGGCAAAGCGUUCUGUAUGGCCUACGCAAUGGUAGGCAUACCCCUUGGUUUAGUGAUGUUUCAAUCGAUUGGUGAACGUUUAAAUAAAUUUGCUUCCGUUAUUAUACGAAGAGCGAAACGUUAUUUGCAAUGCGCACAUACCGAGGCCACCGAAAUGAAUUUAAUGCUGGCCACAGGAAUGCUAUCUUCGAUUAUUAUAACAACUGGCGCGGCAGUAUUUUCACGCUACGAAGGUUGGAGUUAUUUUGAUAGCUUUUAUUAUUGUUUUGUUACCCUAACCACUAUCGGUUUUGGUGACUAUGUCGCUUUACAAAACGAUCAGGCAUUAACCAAUAAACCAGGCUAUGUGGCAUUAAGUUUAGUAUUUAUAUUAUUUGGUUUGGCAGUAGUGGCAGCCAGUAUUAAUUUAUUGGUUUUACGUUUUAUGACAAUGCAAGCAGAGGAUGCUAAACGCGAUGAACAGGAUGCUCAAAAUUUGGCUGCGGCCAAUCAACCCGUUACUUUCGAUACCGAACAUUCAACUUCAUAUAAUAUGCAGGGUAAAUUAUUAAGCAAUUCGAAUUAUACAAAUGAAUUCGAUGAGACUGCAUCAAUUUGUUCGUGCACAUGCUUGGGCGGUACGCGUUGCAUGAAUCAUGAACCAUUUGCUGAUCCCGAUUUUCGUCCUACCGAUAUUAUUGCUAGCAAUCUAAGUUUAAAGAGGGCUUCAGUUUGAUAUCAAUCAUUGCCCGAGCUGGCAGAUUGUGACUGUAGUCAUUUAUCGUCGUCUCGUUGCUGUUUGAAUUGUUGUAUGAAAGAUGUAUCCAAGUCUUCUGAAUGUUUUAGCUAUAAAGUCUUAAAAUAUACUUCCGAUAGUCCCUGUAGUACUCCGUAAUGCAUCAUAUAUAUUCUUAUUGCAUCAAUUAUUGUUCAAUAUUGAAAAAAUCUACUUUUUUAUGGGUGUGUUUUUAAUCCUCCUUAUAUACUAACAUUAAUACAAAUUAUCAAAUUAUUGACAAGUUUCUGUUCUUCUUAUGCAAUUUUUUUUUUGAAGCAAAUUUUCUCUGCAACAAAAAAUUCUUGUAGAGAGAGCAAACUUUUCGCCACGUAAGUAAAUAAUAUUUGGAAAGAGUUUCUCCUAGAAUCAAAUGAAACCCUUUCAUAUUUGGUACAUUAUGUGAAAUUGUAUGAUCAUGUGACUUAAGUGGAUCCCAUGAAGCAGCAUUGGUUGCAAUCAUAUUUAUUUGGUGUGCGAUAGGUCAGGGAAGAGAGGUUUCUUCUUUUUAAUAUAUUCGAAUGGAAGAAAUUUCGAUCGUAUGAGACUGGUUUUUAAAUCUUCUCACCUAAUACGCAUAAUAAUUCUUACACACAUACAGUUUGCUGUUGUUAAUAUUCGCAGAUUCAAAUCUCAAGUGCUGUGGAGUUUACUUCGUUCGUAAUUGCAGGCAUAAAACUUCCCGAAUGGGUAUACAAGCACUAAAUUAGUCACCUUCUUAUCGCUUUCUCUUUUCUUACUUCUUACAUCGUAAUAUACGAAUAGACAUCUCUCGAGUGAUUAAAAAUAAAAAAAAUAAAAAAUUUACUAUAUAAGUUUUUGCAUAAAAUAGAUCUACUUUCCUGACCACUACCCAUAUAUAAAAAGAUUCUCAUGAUACGGUUUCUACAUGGCUUUACAUUGCAAUAAUAUUUGGUCUUGUAUGGCCAAGAUAAACCGAGAUUUGCAUUCAAGUCCUAUAUAUAGGGUAUUUAUUUAUUUAUUU